CCCUAUUGAGAUAUAGGUUCCAAUUGAAUAUUUGUAGAUCUGUGGCUAGAAGAUUUUUACGGUGAUGUUGUUAAGGAAAUUAAUAAACAGUUUACUUUCAUGGUUUGCUAUAAAUAGCACCCACCUCAUAAAACUUUCGCUUGGCUACAAAGAGGGCCUUUCUAACUGCACUUGCGGACUAGAGGAUGAGUUAGCUGCGCGUAUAAAAGGUGGCUCCAUACUCCGGCCCAUGGGGCAUCCGUCGCUGGCUCUGAUAACAUACGUGGAUGUCUUCUCUUGUGGUGGGACUGUCGUGGGACCCAACCAUGUGCUGACUGCCGCUCACUGCCUACAGGGGGUCUAUGAACUAAACUUACUAAAGGUUUUGCUCGGGGUUCAUGAUCGCAUGAAUACUGACGAUCAUGUGAAAGAAUACGAUGUCAAAGAAGUGAUAACACACGAAAGUUUUCAAAUUUUGAAGGAAAACAUACUCUUCAACGACAUUGCUUUGUUAAAGGUUGACAAAAUUGAGUUUAACAAGUUCAUCAAACCAAUUUGUUUACCUUUUAACAUAGAUGUAUCCCAUUACAAGGCGGCUGCAGUGGCAGGGUGGGGACAGACUGAGUAUAGAGGCAAUCCCUCACGAAUGCCUAGAGUUACAGUGUUGUCACUACUGACAUCCACACAGUGUGACAAGUCUGGCCUUGGCCCAACUCUGAGUGACGUCACUGAUAUGCACAGUGUGGCCUUGUGUGCCUACAAGCUGGGCUCGGAUGCCUGCCAGGGAGACAGCGGGGGACCCCUGUACGUAAAGAAGGAUGAUGAAAUAACAAUCCAAAUAGGCAUUGUGUCUUUUGGAGUAAAGUGCGGCAGUCCUGGCAAGCCAGGUCUCUACACUAGGUUGACUCACUAUUUACACUGGCUAGACGUCAAACUAGACGGAGGAUACUGCAGGAUGUCUGAUGGUUACUAACAAAUCACUA